UAAAAAAGAACAUUGUUCCUAAACCACCACAUCUUUCUCUAUCAUCUUCCUCCUAAUUUGUUACACCUUACUCUACUAACUGACUUUGUCGUAAGCUUUACUUUACUUUACUUUAAGGUUUAUUUUGACAGUUAUCGGUUGGCGGAGAAAACUGAGGUGGGUGUUGGGGUUGCGACGGCGUCACUCCCAGGGUGCGGCAGGGAGUCGGGGCACCGAAAACUGAAGGGUGAUGUGGUGGUCCGACUACUUUAUGGGCUCAAUUGAAUUUGAUAACCGGAAAAUCUGCCACCGACGUGAUGACCUAGAAAAUUGCAGCGUCCUUCCUCUCUUGAUAAUCUUUGAACAUGUCAAAAUACAUAUGUCGAAACUAUUUGUUUACUGCAUAUAUUGAAUUGUUCUGAUUUUAAAGCAGCUAGUGGAAUUGAAGUGGUAGACUUUGGAUGCUGUCAAUUCCUUAUAAUUUGUGUUAAUUCUAAGUAUGAUUGGUAGUGUGCUGUCUUUCUUCAUUUCCAGCUUAAAUUUCACAAUGAAGGUUGUGAUUUUCAUAUGGCGAUUGUUGGUCCAGUGGUGUUAUGGUGGUAGGGAAGCAGGAAGCGGAGGCAGAGGUGGCACAUUUGGUAUAAAGUUGGAGUGUUCAAUAGGUACAAGUGAAGCCAAGUUUAAGGGGUUGUCUAUGUAUUUGGCCAAUAAAUACAUAUACUACUUUUUGGAGGAGGGAUGAAUGAAUCUGGAAAACAGCGGAUACUUCCUCUGAGCUGCACCAAUUCAACCUUCUCCUCAACUGCUGCUGUUAUCACAGUAUUUGCAAUGAGAAAAGGAGAUAUGUCUUCAGACAUACCUAAUCCCCUUGAAACGCUGCAGCUGAUUGAACAGAAGUACAGUUCUAUUACUUAUAAUCCUGCAACUCUGAAACAGAUUGCAGAGGAAUGUCAUUCAUUCUGUAUGGUUUUAGGCGGAUAUCAUUUUUCAGAGGGAUCUUGUUCCCUUGACACACUGCAGAGGAUUGAAGAGGACUGGGGCUCAUUCCUUGAGUUCUCAGACAAGUAUCUGUCAAAGUUAUCUCAUCUACGUGAAACUCUGAAGCAGACUGAAGAUGAAUGCAGCUCAUUCCAUAUAUUUCUUUCAGAGGAAUCUGAUUCCCUUGAUACUCUGUGGCAAACUAUACCUCGUCUCAAAUGCAAUCUUUGGCGAACUGAAGAGGAAUGCCAUUCUUUACUUAUAUUUUCAGAGAAGUAUCUGUCUUCAAAUGAAUCUAUCCCCAUUGAAACUCUGCAGAGGAUCAAAGAUGAAUGUGAUUCACUCGAAGUAGAUCUGUUUGCAUUUGAUGAAUUUAAGCGCCUUGAAAGGAAAUUCAAGCUCCUUAAAAGGGAUUUCAAGUUGUUGGAUAUCAUUCUCAACUUGCAGAUCGUCAUAGGUGAACCAGAUCUCAUAAGAAAAGUCCAAGCUCUGUUUCAAGGUGCUGCAGAUGAUCUCAUCCAGAUCUACAGAAGAGAAGGGAUCUACCAAUCGUAUCACGCUGUCUCCGGCUUGCAAAAAGAGUUUUGGCAGACUAAGUUGGAAAUCAGAAAAGCUAAAUACUCCUUUUCCGAAGUAUCAUUUCUACUUUUAGAUGACAACGAUGCUACUGUUAUUCCCAAUUUUGUUUUGGAAUUCGUUGAUACUGUGAUAGAGAAUCUCAGUGAUCUACUGAAACUUUAUGAUCCAAGUUCACCCCUUCAUGUUGAGGGACUCAUGGAUCAAGUUGAAAAGGUUUUGAAGGAGUUGAAGUUCCUUUUUAGUUUUGUCAUCUUUGUUACAGAUAGAUGCGUAGCGCCUGAGGUCCAGCAUACUUUCUUCAUUCAUGUUUUAGAAGUGGCCUGGCACACAGCAGUGGUUACCUGGUUGUAUCUUCCAAGCCACGCAGACGGAUGCCCAGCUGAAGAAUAUACUUUGUUUUCUAAUCUCCUCCGAAGCAUGGAACAGAUAUAUCGAGACUCUGCUGCAGAUGAGGGUUAUCCUUUGUUUUCUGAUCUACUGCGAAGCAAAAUUCAGCCUAUUGAGCCAAGCAUCUCCAAGAUCUAUAUCGAUGUCCUGAAAGCUAUAAAGUUACAGCAGUCACAAUGGUAUCCCGUUAUCCAAAUUAAGUAUGUGGUAGAUUGUGAAGUUGGAUUUGUGGAGACUCUCCUACACAAUUUGGAAGAGUUGCCAUUCAUUUUAAGUGGCAUAGAAAUAAAGGAGAUGCUCAACUUCUUGAGAGCACAUCUACUAACACAGGCCCUUGAAUUUCAUUUUCAAGAUAUAGACUCUGUGAUUGUUGAUGCAGGAAUUCUUGUUUACUCAUUAAACAAAAAGGAGAAUGGUGAUCUUGAUUUCCGAGUCCAAAUUCAGAAUCUGCAAGCAAUGAUCUAUCUCAUCACAAGAAAGACAUUUCUCCUUCAGUCCAACUUGUCUGGAAUUGACAGAGUGGGCUCUGCUUAUUUCAUUUUAGACAACAUGGAGAAGUUUCUAAGCCUCUAUACAAAUUCAGUUGUUUCUGUCAAGAGCCAACUUCAUACAAUUCAGAAAGAAGUCAAGUACUUUCANAUCUCAAAAUUAACAUGGUUGUGGAUAGCCGAGGGUUUGAUUAACACGGACAUGGAGAAGCUUUCUGAGGAUAUAGCAAAAUUUUACUUGGAGAAUCUUGUUGGGAGAAAUCUAGUGAUGGUUGCUAAAAAGAGCUCUGAUGGAAGCAUCAAAACAUGUCGCAUUCAUGACCUGGUGCUUGAAUUUUGCAUGAAGAAAGCGAAGUUGGAGAACUUUUUAGAAACGAUAAGGGACAGAGGUUCACAUCCUUCUCAAUUUUUUCUUCCAAUGUGCAAUACUUCACGCCGCUUAUACCUUUAUUCUCAAAGUGAAAAUCUUCCAAAAUGGUGUUUGUUUUUCUCCCAUGUGAAAUCUUUUCAGUUCAGAGAGGCUAGAAAUAUUGCAUUCUCUUCGAUAGACUGUGUUUCAAACACUUUUAAAAGGUUCAAGUUUCUAAGGGUGUUAGAUUUUGAAUUCACCAUGAUUGAUUCUAUCCCACAAGAAUUAACCCUUUUGAAGUAUCUUGCUUUUCGGACUGCAGAAGAUGCAUUAUCACUCCCUGACAAUCUUCGUAACCUUGAAACAUUGAUAGUUCAAGGACUUAGAGGACGGAUAUCAUUAUCAGAUACCAUUUGGAAGAUGGUUAAGUUGCGGCAUCUUCAUAUCUAUGAUCGAGCAUUCUUCACUUUGAAUAGUGGACAAGAAUUCUCAAAUAGCCCCUCGACAAUGGUUAAUUUGCAAACUGUUUCCUCAGCAUGUUUUCCUUGUGUGGACAAUGCCGAUAAGAUCUUGGAGAAGACGCCAAAUCUUCGGAAACUGAGAUGUGAAGUUUCCAAAUUUGAUGGCUCGUUUACUGCAUUUAGCAAUCUUACAAAGCUUGAAACGCUCAAGAUCUCUUCCGGUACUAAAUUGACCUUGAUCGAUCAUUUGAAGUUCCCAUCAAGCUUGAAGAAGUUGAUACUGUCCAAUUUUCACAUACAUCUCACUGAAGUUGCAACUCUUCCAAAACUUGAGGUACUCAAGCUAUUAGGAGUUACCAUUAGCUCCAAUGUAUGGGAAGUGAAUGAUGAAAAAUUCCCUCAACUCAAAUUCUUGAAACUAGAAAAUCCUUCUUUUUCAGAAUGGAAUGCUUCAGAUGAUGCCUUUCCAUGCCUUGAACACUUGGUAUUGAAAAAAUGUCGAUAUCUUAAGGAGAUCCCUUCUCGUUUUGGGGAUGCCUCCUCCCUGAAAUCAGUUGAGAUAAUAUCGUGCAAUGAAGAACUUGUCAAGUCAGCCGAGGCCGUCAGGGAAGAAUUAGAGGGAAUGUCGGGAACUUCUGGUUUCGAGCUCUUCAUCUCCAAGCAGCAAAAAAACAGAUUUGAAGGAGUUUUAUAAGCUGGUCAUGCAAUUGGUGAAACCGAGAAGCUUACAUAAGAUGUAUUAAAACCAAUCCGCGUCCUCUGGAAUAAGGGUUCAAACAGGACUGGAUAACAGGAAACAAUGCAAAUAUAUCUCCGCUGCAAACAUGUCAUGUGAUUGAGGCAUCGCGAAUCUAUCUGCACGGUUUUCUUGUUAUAUUUGCUGGGAAGCUCAUACACAAACUUUUAAUCUUCCUACUGGAUCAUCUUCCAAAACAUCACCAGCACUUCCUGAAAUUCUUUCAGUGUAUUCAGGUCGGGCUUCAAUUCUCAAAAUGAAAGCAAGAUAAAUAAACCCAAGAAAGGUCCUGUUCCAAUUUCUCAUCUUCUACUAUAUGGAACGAAAUUACCUUCACUAGGUAGGGGUAAGUUCUGAGUAUGCACUACCCCAGACCCCCAGUAUGAGAAUAUACCGGGUAUGUUGUUACUAUAUGGAACAAAAUUAUAGCCUAUAGCAGAAGCAAUCUGAAAAAAGAUUGAGACGAAAAGAAGAAAAGAUUAGUAACUUUGAAAGAAUGUUGAGGAGUCGAUAUAUAUUUGGAAUGUGAAUAGAUGCAUGACUUGUUAGAUUAA